AUGUUAGCAUGUGAUUAUUCGAAUACAUCACCCUAUUCGUUGGAGCAAAGUUCAAGAAAAUUGGCAAAAACAUGCGUAGAAAAAAAACGUCGAGAUCGUAUUAAUAAAAGUUUGGAUGAAUUAAAAGAAUUGAUGGCAUUGACGGACGAGCGUGCUCGAUAUCAAAAACUUGAAAAAGCAGAGAUUUUAGAAAUGGCCGUUAAUUAUGUAAGAAAUUUGAAACGUGUUGUACACAUAUCAAUGGAAGAUUAUGAAAAUGGUUAUCGUCAAUGUACAGAAGAAAUUUGGAAACUUAUCAAUGCAGUACCAAAUAUUGUGCCUGAACAACGUGAACGUUUAGCAAAUCGUUGUCGACAAAUGUGGGUUAGACGUACACAUCCUUAUGCGAGAACGACUCAUCAGACAAAUCAGUUACAUCAACUACCACAUCACAUAAAUGAAUCAUCACAUUCAAUGAUGUUAACAACAAAUAAAAUACAUGAACAGCAAAAACUUUCUCCUAUAAGACCAUUAGAACUUGUUAUUAAUAAUAAUUCAUCGUCCAUUCCUACUACCUUAAUAUUAUCAUCAUCGACUAAUGUUUCACCAUCUAUUUCGUCUCAUGUCGAUUCAAGUAUUUGUUCAACGUCAUCAUCUUCACUUGGUAGUUGUGGUUCAAAUCAUGAACAAAAAAUUCGAAGUAUUUGGCGACCAUACGCUUAA